GGUUUUUCCGUGACAGUUCUUCAAUAGAAGCGUUUUCGGACUAUCCUUGAUAUGUGUUGAAUGAUAAUUUUUCAUAUCGUAGCAGAAGAACUUUCUGCUGCUUGCUGGUUUGUAAACAUUCGUUGAUGUGUGGAAGAAAGAUUUAUCUUUUAAUUUUAGAAGAAGUGUUAUGUUGCUAUGACUUGCUGUCGCUUGACAUUCUCUUUAUUCAAAAAGCUCAGUGAGCCUUUUUGUUAUCAAUGCCGAGCUGCAUAUAGACGAAGCGUGAUGCCAGUCAACACCUACUAUCGUUUCAAAAAGAAAGAGCAGUCCAGGUUACAGCCCCAAAUUUUCAAGUAUUUUUUAGUAGUGGAUUUUGAAGCAACUUGUGAUGAUGCCUUUAUUCCAGACAUGGAAAUUAUCGAGUUUCCGUGUUUCAAAGUGAACGCCAACACUUUCGAAACCCUAGACACAUUUCAUAUGUAUGUGCGACCUGUGAUUCGACCAAUUUUAACGCCCUUCUGCACAAGCCUCACAGGAAUUCAUCAAGAUAUGGUUGAUGACAAAUUAACAUUCCCUGAAGUGCUUGAUAAGUUUCUAGCGUGGGUUAAUGCCAGUGAUGUAGAUCUCAGGACGCCACAUCCAAAUUCGUGUUUUGUAACCUGUGGUGAUUGGGACUUCAUGAAAAUGUUGCCUAAUCAAUGCAAGCUCUCAGGUACUCCCAUUCCCCAAUUUAUGACGUCAUGGAUAAAUAUUAAAAAGUCUUUUUUGAACGCUACUGGUCUGUAUCCCCACGGCAUUAAAGACAUGCUUCGUCAAUUAAAUUUACAGCAUGAGGGAAGGCUCCAUAGUGGAAUAGACGACUGCAAGAAUAUUAUCAAGAUUAUGCAAGGUAUAGCAGAACGGGGUCAUGUGUUCCAAGUAACCAAGAGUCUCCCAAAUCAUGAAAAAACUUCCUGAUUCAUCAUGUUUGUACUGUGGUAUUUUUACUAAUGGCAAGUACUAGAGUUUACAGAACUGUUAAAUAACAAUUUUCUGCAAUAAAUUAUACAAUCAAGUCUUAA